AUGUCCUUUCCGAAAGCUCUACCCGAUUGGAACAACCUCAAAGUGAUCCACAAAAACACCCUUCCACCGCGGGCGCACUUUUACAGCUACGGUUCAGAAGAGCGGGCCCUUACCUUCGACCGCGACAACAGCGAGUAUAUUUCCCUUAAUGGCACAUGGAAGUUCCGGCACGAUGCCUCCCCCUUAGAGGCACCCGAGUGGUCCACCGCGGAGCCUUUGAGCUGGGACGACGUCCAAGUCCCAGGAAUGUGGCAGCUUCAGGGUUACUCCCAUCCAACUUACACUAACGUCAACUUUCCAUUCCACGUGAAUCCCCCGAACGUGCCACUCCUCAACGAAACUGGAUCUUACUGGAGGCAGUUUGUAACUCCUUCCACAUGGAAAGAACAACAGAUUCGCAUCCGCUUUGAAGGCGUUGAUAGUGCGUUUCAUCUCUGGAUCAACGGACAAGAAGUGGGAUAUUCGCAAGGUUCACGUAACCCUAGCGAGUUUGACAUCACCCCCCUACUCAAACCAGCCGGGUCUGUGAACACUAUCGCUGUUCGCGUGUACGAAUUCUGCGAUGGCUCGUAUAUUGAACGCCAAGAUCAGUGGCUUCUCAGUGGCAUCUUCCGAGAUGUUGGUUUGCUCGCCUUUCCGCUAGACUCGGUGGUUGACUUUGAUGCCGUUCCAACGCUUAGCGAAGACCUUUCUACAGGUCAGCUGCUCACCAAUGUCAAAAUUCAGGGAAAAGAUGCCGACGUCCAGGCCAAGUUAUAUCGACAAGAUGGAUCGCUGCUCAAGCAAUUGACAUUCAGUUCCAAGGAAUCCGGUCAUAUCACUGUGUCCGGCAGUGAUUUAAAGCUGUGGUCUGCUGAAGAUCCAGUUCUCUAUACCUUGACUCUCACCUUUAACGGCCGUACAAUUCCCCAACGCAUUGGGUUCCGACGCAUCGAGCAAAAGGGCGCAAACUUUUUAGUCAACGGAAAGCCCAUUAUUUUAUACGGCAUGAACCGCCAUGAGCAUCACCACCUGCACGGUCGCGCCGUCCCAUAUGAAAGCAUGCGUGCAGACCUCAUCCUGAUGAAAAAGCACAAUAUCAACGCUUUACGGUGUUGUCACCAACCCAAUGAUCCCAGACUCUACGAAGUUUGCGAUGAACUUGGUCUAUACGUUAUGGCCGAGGCAGAUCUCGAGGCUCACGGCUUCGACCCCGUGGAACGAUCCAAUAUUCCGAACCAGCACCUUAUGACCGCGCACGAAAUCCAGGAGAUCUCCUACAAAAUGGCUACCAAGUGGACCUCCGACAAUCUAGAAUGGAAACAUGCGUAUCUUGAUCGUGCUGUUGAGCUUGUUCAACGCCUCAAAAACUUCUCUUGCAUUAUUAUGUGGUCUCUUGGAAAUGAGGCGUUCUACGGCCAGAACCAUGCGAGCAUGUACAAGUGGAUUAAGGAGGCUGAUCCUACCCGGCUCGUCCACUACGAGGGUGACCGGGAAGCUAUCAGCGCUGAUCUGUACUCCACUAUGUACUGGAGUAUCGACGACCUGAAAAAGCACGUCAGCGAGAAGCCCGACAGACCUUUGAUCCAGUGCGAAUAUGGCCAUGCAAUGGGUAACGGUCCAGGCGGAUUGAAAGAAUAUAUCGAAGCUUACCGCACCGAGAAGCUCCUGCAAGGUGGAUUUAUCUGGGAAUGGUGCAAUCAUGGCCUCCUAAAGAGAGAUGGAGACAUCUCGUAUUAUGCGUAUGGCGGCGACUUUGGUGACGAGCCAAAUGAUGCCGACUUCAUCCUUGACGGAAUGGUGUUUUCGGAUCACACACCAACCCCAGGCCUAACGGAAUACAAAAAGGCGAUCGAACCAGUCGUAGUUACACUUGAAGGACGCUGCCUAGAAGUGACCAACCACUACGACUUCAAUACCCUGGAUCACCUGUCCAUCUCAUGGCACAUUGUCAAGGAGACAGGAGACACCCAGCCAGUGCCAUGGGAAAUCCCCCAAAUCAAAUCCGGAGAAUCCAAGUUGCUCGAUCUACCUGACGGGAUAACUUUUGGCUCUGAUCCAAGCUGGCUCACUAUCAACUUUCGAUUGAGAGAGGCUACAACCUGGGCGCCCCAGGGACAUGAGAUUGCCUGGGCGCAGGUUUCAUUGUUCGAGGACCAGGGACUUCCAAUUCCUCCAACAAUAACCUUAUCACAAUCGAGAAUGUCUGUCCAGGAGGGAUCAGGCCGUCUAUACAUCAACUCAAACAGCUGCGCCUCCCACUUUACUUACGACCUAAUCAGAGGAGAUCUAUCUUGGUCCACAGACUCAGGUAAAAUCUUCAACAGUGGACCACAGCUAGGAAUAUACCGCGCUCUGACCCAAAACGACGUUGGAUUUGAGGGGCCCCAUAUUGAGUGGGAGCGUUUCCGCGUCAAAAGCAGUCGCAUGUUCAUCGAGUCCGCCAACUGGCAAGUCGAUAAUGAUGGAAGGGUACUCAUCACCACCAAAGUGCGUGUUGCGCCGACCGUGCUAGAAUGGGCAUUCGAGGCGACCCUCACCUACACUUUAAUGGAGACUUCGGUGACUCUUCAUGUCAAGGGUGAUUUCACAGGCACACACCCAAAAUACAUACCAAGAAUCGGACUCACACUCCGUCUUCCCCGAGAAUACGAUGCCGCCACAUGGUUUGGCAGAGGACCCGGAGAAUCCUAUCGUGACACGAAGGCUGCUGCACGGUUUGGGACGUAUACGGCCUCUAUUGAGAGCGGUCUUCAGACGCCGUAUGAAUGGCCCCAGGAGAACGGUAACCGCAUCGAUACGCGCUGGGUCAAUGUUCACUCCUCGCCUGCGGAGACAUCUUACGCUGCAUCAGCUGGGGCGAUUGCGCCUAUCCCGGAGAUCAAAGCAUCCAUGGAUGUACCGUUCAGUUUCUCACUUCGCAAGUACGCCACGAUGGAGCUUGAUCGCGCGAAGCACCCGCAUGAGCUUUCGGAGUUGAAUAAUGAGACCGAGCUCAACAUCGACUAUGCACAUCAUGGGAUUGGCACCGCAAGCUGUGGACCUGGUGCCUUUGAGGGGCAUAGACUUGAGGCUGGCGCGUUUGAGUUCACUACUAGCUUCAGUCUUGCUGACCGCAAAAAGGUGUGA